AUUGGUCUAAAAUGUUUGUGAAUAAAAAGUAUAUGCAUGUUCAUGUACAAAAUAAAACCAGCAAGUCAGACAGCUGAAAAAGACGGAUGGUUUGCUACUGAAUCUUCGAUUUAAUACUUGCCGAAGAUGUAAUGACCGAGGCAAACAGUUAAGUUUAUUAAUACUCGAAAAGCUUCCCAAACUGUAUUUAGCCCGGCUAUGUUACUGUUAAAUGGUCGUAUUCCUAUAAAACUAUCCUAAAAUGUUAAACCGAAAUGAAAGUUUGAGAGCUAUAGACUGGCACUAAGCUGUAGACUUGAGUUCAAGCUGUAGACCACUCAUAUGGCAAGAGCUAAUGACUGACAAUUUUUACAAGGAUUUGUGUAAAAAAUAUCAACUGUUGGAUGUAUAUAAAAGACUGAUUCUAACAGUUGGUUUUUAGUAUGCAUUUGUUUUACCUUUUAAAUUAUUUCAGGAAACCUUACACAGCCAAGGACAGGCUAUAUAAUGACCUGAUCACUAAGUCUGAAGAAUGUAAAGUUGGUUUCAAAUCCCAGCAGGUGGACACCACAGGGGUGCGGAUAGUAAGCGACCUGGCAAGUGUUCUUUGGACGUUAGACCCUUUCCAUGAAAAGUUUUUACUUCGAUCAAUGCCUAUUCCAAAACCGUUUGAUGCUUUCCAUGGUUACAAUGACUGGAAGAAACAGCACAAACGCGAGCCACAGGUUACUUAUACAGAGCUGGAGACCGUUUCAGAAAAACUUGCGAAGGUUUUGGCAUUGCCGUAUUUCCUUGCGGACAGAUGUGACGUAUUUCGAUCCAGUCUUAACAAAUUUCAUGAUAUUGUCUUGAAAUACAUGCGGUACCUAAAGAACAUGAACAAAAGAGUGGCAGCAUCACACCUGUCCACCACACCUGUACGUUCAUUCAAUGAUAAUAGGUCUUUAAAAUUAUUGAGGCAUCUCAAGAAAUUGAUCCAUGCUAUAAGAGUGUUGUCAAUGAGUUAGAGCAUAUGGUAAGCUAUAAACAAAUUGAUUUAACUGACUUCGAGCCAGAGGACAUUGUGAAAAGGAGGACAUGGCUAUGUAACCUUAAGCUCCAAUUUGCCUUUGGUAAAUUUACAUAUGCACAUGGAAACCACAUGGGUAAUCUAACAGUUAUCUGGAAGCAACCCCCAGUUUCAGAGAGAGCCAGUAGUGAAGAUAUCAGACUGCUUACUGAAAUAAAAAAUGUUGUUCCUAAAUUUGCCACAAGAGCAAUGCGGAGAGAAUUCAUGGAACUGUAUUCAAAAGUUACAAAAGACAAGCCUGCCAUUUUACGAUCCAUGUAUAGGUAUCUUACAGGUCACUCAUUUGCUGCAGAAAACAGAGAUGAGGAGAGUGUGGACAACAAUGUUUGUGAAUUCCUUCUCGGUUCUGAUGACCCAAAGCUUGCUGUUGACCUCAGGAAGAAUAACGGUAAGGUAAGGGAUCCGAAGUACAAUGUCUUUUGGAAAGAGCUGGAAAUUUACUUAGAUGAAAAAAGUGUAGUGCAUGAGCGUCGUCAGUCUCAAACUACCUACAUGCCAUUUGCUGUCUCAGUGGCAGAUCUUCGAAAUCAAUCACUGGAAAGACUGCCAACAGAUAAAGUUGCCCCGUCAAUGUCAUGGAUUCGUCUUAACUUCAUGCCUGGAAAUCCUUACUCAAAUUCUGCAAUGAACUACACAGCCAAUUUUAAUGUUAAGCAUUCAGUGCAACAGAGACUUCUUAGGGCCAAACAUCCUGACUCUGGUUAUGCAUUUACACAGUUCACAUACCUAAAGCAAUAUGCUGUAGAGUUGAGAGACCAUUCUAUAAUGCAGUGUCUGGAUGAUAAAGCAAUCAUUCCAAUCAGAGAACCAAAUAGACCUACCUCGGCUUGCCAGCGAAAACACCAUGGCAGCCUUGUUGCUGGAGAAAACAAUUUGUUGACACUUGAUCAUGAUUAUCAUUUGUGUGGAAUUGUGCCCUCGGUUUGUCUGCUGGUUGAUAUUCCGGAACAUUUUAGGGAUACGUUUUAUCAUGGAGAUGUUCAUAUUACUCUAAAAGAAAAGGUUCUACAACCUUCCAGCCCAAUUAGACAUGCUACUGAAACAACAAAAAUCACUAGGGAAGUAUGUAGUGAUGAUGACGUUAACUGUAACAAACCAGUUCUUUUGAGAUAUACUGAUGGCGGUCCAGACCAUAGGACAACCUAUCAGUCAGUUCAAAUGGCAGCCAUAGAAGAAUUCAUUUCAUUAGAUCUUGACAUGUUUAUAGCUUGUAGAACGGCUCCAAACCAGUCGUAUAAUAAUCCUGCUGAAAGAAUAAUGUCCUUACACAACUUAGGUCUUCAAAAUGUGGCUGUCACGAGCAAGCAUGGAACCUGGUCAUGAAAUGCAAAUAAAAACCCUUAAUUCACUGAAAACUUUUCGUAGAAGGGCAAGUCCAACUCUCAAGGAGGCACUCACAAAGUCUAUGGAUACUCCAUUGAAUGCUGUUAAAGAUAACUUUUCCAGACUGCAAAGAAAACAUGGUUCUGUCAGUGUCCAUGAUGCUUGCUCAUAUGAUGAAAUGGUAACCAUAAAAGAGAUGCUGAAAGUUAUUGAUCCUGAUAUCAAUCCUGACAAACCAAAGAAAGUUGAGCGUCCCCUUAUGAAGUCUUUCUACGAGCGACACUGUAGAGUGCGCCAUUACAGUUUUCAGAUCAAGAAGUGCAACCCUGAGAGUGUAGAUAAAUGCCCGUAUUGUUCAAUCAAUGAACCACGUCUUCCACCAGCGGUAUUUGCCAAGCUGCAGUUUCUUCCAGAUCCUGUCAUAGACACCAACACUGGAAAACACAAGAACUUCUGCGAUGUCCUUGGUACACAUACUGACGACUCACAAAUUCCUUCACGCAUGGAGAAGCCAGUGGCUACGGAUAGGGACAAAAAGUUUAAAUCUAUUUUGGUAGCAGUUAAGCUGUUGUGCUCUUUUCCCACAGCUUUAGUUUUUUUAAAAAAUCUUCUGGGCAGCAUUGAAACUUUUCUUGUGGAAGUCUGGUUUGAAUAAUGCAUACCUAUGACUUUUUUGAAUUGACCAUGUAUGACUUAAAGUCUCAUUUUAUGGUUUUCCAAUAUUUUUUUUUGGUAUAUUAAGAGAUUUUGUUUGUGAAGUUUUUGUUAAUUGUUGAAUUAAAAUGUGUAUAUAAGUUUCAAACCAACUUGUAGCUUGAAUUUUAUGUUUACAAAAUCAAGUCAUUUUUUUUCAGGAAAGGUGAGAAGUUUUGUGAUCUGUCAAGAAUGCGGUAAGCGGAGGUUGACAUACAGUGCAGGUCGUCUCACACCGGUGGAGGAGAGAGCUUUACGUACAGUGCAGGACGAGUUGUUGUAUUACUGUGGUUCCUGCCUCUUUCCUGGAGGGUCGUAUCAGGACAAGAUUGUUGUCAAAGAGGGGCUGAACUAUCAGUCUCCAAUAGAAACACAGUAUUAUUCGGGUGUCACCCAAGUAUUUGACGAGGUCUGUUUUUACUGUGGCGAUUCUGAGGUGGAAAACUCUGACGAAAUUCAGGAGCUGAAAUCAUCUUACAGUAUUGUUAGGCCAAUCUGCCAUUCUUGUAUAGCGAAAGGCUACAAACCAUCUACGAGGAAUGCAAAAAAAACCCAAGAAAUAAUUAAUACAUAAUAAACUAUACAUGCCCUUAGACUGAAAGUGAUUUUAAAGUGAUUUUGAUAGUUUUCGUUAGAAAUAAAUGAUCAGUCUAUGUUCAUAGAUAAUAAAAAUUUAACCACAGAAUGGUAAUUUUCUUUGUAUUACAGGUUAAAUGUG